UCUCCCUCUCCGUCUCCGUCUCCCUCUCCCUCCCCCCUCGUCGGACUGCAGAGGCCGAGCGAGGCGGCGGCGGCGGUCGCCCUGCGGCGGGACCCAGCUCGGCUUGCGCCGCCCCCUCCCCUUGCCUCCUCGUCGUCGUCGUCCGCUCGGGGUCCGGGGACCGGCCGGGGGUCUCGGGGGUGGCGGCGUGUCCGUCCCCGCUCCCUCCCCGGGCUCGGAGAAGACGGGAAGAUGGCCACUCUGCUCCGGAAGAUCGGGCUGAUUCGGCUGCACAACCGGGACACGGAAGACCCCAAGCAUCACCACCACCAUCACCACCAUCACCACCACCAUCACCACCACGGCAGCCGGCACCACGGCCUCAGGGCCGGGCCAGGGCAGCAGGCCUCCUCGCUGAGGGCCAAAGGGGGCCAGAAGCACGGCGGAGGCGGAGGAGGAGGCAACAAGCAGCAGCAGCAGCAGCUGCAACAGCAGCAGCAGCAGCAGCAGCAGCUGCAGCAGCUGCAGCCCGGGGGCGGCGGCCACGUCCAGGGCCAAGGCAGCCCGGGCCACCCCGGGGGCAAGGAGACCCCCGAGCCGGCCGGCCGAGACCCCCAGCAGCAGCAGCAGCAGCAGCAGCAGCAGCAGCAGGGGCCGAAGGAGAAGCCGGGAGGGCCCAAGGAGCCCCCCGCGUCCAGGGAGUCCAGGCCGCAGGGCGCGGGGGUCAAGGGGUCAUCCGCGCCGGGGUCCGCGGCCGGGCGGGCUCAGCACUGCACGCAGGUCCGGAGCCGGCGACUGAUGAAGGAGCUGCAGGACAUCUCCCGCCUGAGCGACCGCUUCAUCUCCGUGGAGCUGGUGGACGACAGCCUCUUCGACUGGAACGUGAAGCUGCACCAGGUGGACAAGGACUCGGUCCUGUGGCAGGACAUGAAGGAGACCAACACGGAGUUCAUCCUCCUCAACCUCACCUUCCCCGACAACUUCCCCUUCUCGCCGCCCUUCAUGCGGGUGCUCAGCCCCCGGCUGGAGAACGGCUACGUGCUGGACGGCGGGGCCAUCUGCAUGGAGCUGCUCACCCCCCGGGGCUGGUCCAGCGCCUACACGGUGGAGGCCGUCAUGAGGCAGUUCGCCGCCAGCCUGGUCAAGGGGCAGGGUCGAAUCUGUAGAAAAGCCGGUAAAUCAAAAAAAUCCUUCAGUCGCAAGGAAGCUGAAGCAACGUUUAAGAGUUUGGUGAAGACUCAUGAAAAGUAUGGAUGGGUCACCCCUCCGGUCUCCGAUGGCUGAUGUUUGCAGCGUGGGCGUCAGACGCUAAACAAAACAAAACAAAAAAACAAAUACUAUGACAUCUCCUCAGUGCUGUACAUCACCCAUCCUUUUCUACUUCAACUUCUGUUAGAAACUGUACCAUGAAUAUCAAGGAGACAUUUAAGUUAUUUAUGAACAGGCGUGUUUACAGAGAGAGAGAGAGAGCGAAAGAGAGUGAGAAAAAGAGUGUGUCUGGGAGCAAAAACACUGUUUAGGAUUAUGUUUUGAGAAUAAUGAGUGAUCCUUUAAGUCACUUUUGAGCGGGUGUUGAGAUUGUGACAUUUAUCCCUCCCCUGUUUCCUUCCCCUACCUACAGACCACAUUGUCUUCAGCUUCUUUCCAUGGCAGCAACACCAAAGAGCAGUUGUGGAAAUUCUAUCCUUUUCUGCUCAGUCCAUUUAAAUGUAAAUGAAGCCGUUAAUAUUUAAUAGGAAAGCAAUGCAUUGCAGGUAUGUUUGCUGUGCUGUUUAUCUCUGUUCCUUUUCCUAGCAGGUCAACAUAACUUGAAGAUUCGUCUUUCUGUGGAGCUGUGGUCUGCUGUGACUCGAUUUAGACCUCAUCUGUGCUCUCUAUGACCUUACUGGCUCAUGAAAACAGAAUUAGAGCGAUGCUAAAAGAGCCGUCCAAUGAACUUGCCCAGUUGUUCACAAUGUGCUAUCUCUGCUGAUUUUUGUGGUGUGCUGUUGUUCCGAGAUAAGCCAAUGCCUUUAGAUGAAAGGCAAGGAUGCUUCCGAUAUCAGACGUGUCCACCACGUGGCUCAAAACCCAAUCCGACCAAUGUCAUGCAACACUCCUAGCACAGCAUGUUUGCUGUCAACUUCUGACUGGCGAAACGCUAAAGAAGCAUAAGCCAAUGAAGCGCUCACAAAAGUUAUCUGACAUUUAAAAAUUCCGUGCCCGUGUCAGUGCAAGUCAGAUCUUCGAAAAGUAACACAAGUGAUUUGUAAAAUGAUUUGCAUGACUGGAUUUUUUUUUCCCUUAAGCUGAAUAGUCUUUGUAUGUACAUUGAGCCCAAUAUCUGAGCCUGUAUAUAAAUGUCCUGUUACUUCAUCUUUAAAAUUGAAUUUCUCUCUUCUGUUAAGUUUCUUAGAAAUUUCUAAGAGGCUCCAUGAAACCAGGAGAUAAUGUUUAUAAGAAUAUGCAGAAAGAGGUGAACAAUGUCAAAUCCAAGUGCAAAGUCUUAUUGGGCCCAUGCUGAAUAAACUCAUCAGUACCCGUUG